AAUCACACAAAGACAAAGGGAUAUGGGUUUUGUCGGACUCCGGAAAACCCCCCAAAUCUCAAGUUGUGUAAGCUUCGGACCUCUCCAAUCAUCAACUUCAUGAGAUUAUUCUCUCACGCGCAGCCCUAAGUGAUCCUCUGAUGAAACACACCCAAUAUUCGUAGAGAAAUUAGCAUAAAUCAAUCAUAUGUUGAUGCAAAGAAGUUGCGGGUGGUAGUAGGAAUUAGAAGAAAAGAAAAUGUCACAGAGCAAUCCUAGUAACGGAAAUGUACCGGUGAGUGAAGUCUAUUGGUCUCUUGUAGCUAAAGCCGACAAGAAGUUCUCCAAAAUUAGGGAUUUGCCCUAUUACGAGCGCAACAGGUACGAUACAUAUUUCUAUAAGGUAUUCAAAGUUUAUACACAAUUAUGGAAAUUUCAACAAGAGAAUCGACACAAGCUUGUGGAAGCAGGGCUUAAGAGAUGGGAAAUAGGUGAUAUUGCUUCCCGAAUAGGGCAACUUUAUUUUGGGCAGUACAUGAGAACAAGUGAAGCAAGUUAUUUGUCCGAGUCAUAUAUAUUCUAUGAAGCAGUCUUGACUAGGGAGUACUUUAAGGAUGGACUAUUACAGGAUUUAAAUCUUGCCAACAAACAGUUGAGGUUCUUUGCAAGAUUCCUGACAGUGUGUCUGGUAUUGAACCGACGAGAAAUGGUUUAUCAGUUGGUAAAUCAGCUCAAAUUGUUAGUUGCUGACUGCAAGAGGACUUUCCAGGACACUGACUUCAAAGAAUGGAAGCUAGUGAUUCAGGAAAUAACUAAAUUUCUCAAGGCGGACACAGCUUUUAUGAAUAUCAGGCCUCUAAGGUAUAGCCUCACGUUAGAUCUCCAUCCUGAUAGUCUACCACCUGUUGCCAACGUCAAAAGAAAGCUAAAACUGGGGGAUGCCAUACUUUGCAGCUACCAUCCUAAUGAGGUCAAGUUCUCUGAGCUCACUCUUGACAACUUCAGAAUGCUUCAAUGUUUGGAGUGGGAACCCAGUGGCUCAUUCUACAAAUCAAGUGCAAUUGCACCUACCGUUACUGGGACCAGUGGUCAAAAUGGGGGCCUUUCAGGCUCCAGUCGUAUCAAUUAUUCUCAGGAGAUUUCUGACCCUACUUUGCCACCAAAUCCACGCAAAGCUGUUUUAUAUCGUCCAUUCAUCACUCAUUUUUUAGCUGUUCUGGCCACUGUGUGUGAGGAGCUUCCUCCUGAUGGAGUUCUCCUACUCUAUAUAUCUGCUCCAGAGUACGUUGGCAAUAGCGUACAGCCUAAUACGAUGCACUCCAAUGCUGCCUCUACUUCGCCAUCUUCAUCUGCUUGUGAUGACAUAACCACUUCAUCAGAGGAAAAUAUUCCGAACUGCCCGGGUUACCAUUCUGGAGGCGUAAAUCUUGGUGUGAAAGGAAAUGGAGGUUUGAAUCUGAUUUAUCCUUGCGACUUUCUUCCAUUUACCAGAAAGCCACUUUUCCUUGUAAUUGACAGUGGCAACAGCCAUACAUUUGAGGCAUUAAAUAGGGAAGUAAAAGGAGAGCCAGUUGCAAUGCUCCUUUCUCCAAGUUCUUCAAAUGGAGCCGUAGAUCCUCGCCAACCGAGUGGAAGCCUGUUCACGAACUUUCUGACCACACCAUUGCAGGCUUUUCUUGCUUUACUUGGCUUUUCUGGCUCUGACAUUCAGAUGGAUAAGCUCAAUGAGGCUGAGAAGAAUAUUUGCUUGUCUUUAAAUCUCUGGGGAGAGACGUUGGCAUCUUCAGACAAGCUUCAUCCUGUCUGGGCUCAAGUUUUAGGCGAUCCGUUUCUUAGAAGACUGCUUUUAAGGUUUAUAUUUUGCCGGGCGGUGCUAGCGCUAUAUGCUCCAACAUUUAACAAGAAAGAAUAUCUUCCCAAGUGUUCACCCGCCCUCCCAGACUGUGUCUUGCCAAUGACUCCCUCAUCGUAUGCAGCAGUUGGACAAAUAGCCAACCUUUUUGGUGCAGCCACCAUGUUUAAUCUCUCAGAAGGGUUGAUGUCACCUGAUGAAUAAGUACCAUCUCCGGAAAGUGUUGGGCAUGAUCUUUGUCGAUGAAAAUGGCGCCAACUUUUACAUGUAUUUUCUUUGUGGCUGCACCGCUUGUAUUUCUAUAUGUACAUCAGCAUUUUUGAAUAGCGUGGGAAUAUAGCAAUUUAAGUGGUAUUUUUUGUUUCGCAAUACUACAUUACUAACCUCUGUUGAUAUUGGAAGUUCAACGUGCUAUCCCUAUGUUCU